GACCUGCUGGAACAGCAGCAACUGAUCCCAGCUGAGAGCAACGACAGUGAUCCCAGUGAUCUGUGACAUUGCUUUACCUGAGACCGUGCCCAGGCUGUGCGGGAGGGGCUGCCUGACCCCAGCCCAGGACAAGGAUACGCAGAAGGGAGCACCCCCCGUCAGAGAUGGCGCCUGCUGGUGUGAGCCUGAGGGCCGUGGUCCUCUGUCUCCUGGCCUGGGCUGGCCUGGCUGCUGCCGACCGGGUGUACAUACACCCCUUCCACCUCCUCGUCUACAGUAAGAGCAGCUGUGAGCAGAUGGAAAAGUCCAACACGGAGGCGCCCAAAGAGCCGACCUUCACGCCCGUCCCGAUUCAGGCCAAGACCACCCCUGUGGACGAGGAGGCACUUCGAGAGAAGCUGGUGCUGGCCACCGAGAAGCUGGAGGAGGAAGACAGGCUGAGGGCAGCGAAGGUGGGCAUGAUGCUCAACUUCCUGGGCUUCCACAUGUACCGCCUGCUGAGUGAGUCGUGGAGCCCGGCCAGCGGGGCCAUCCUGUCCCCAACGGCUCUCUUCGGCACUCUGGCCUCUUUCUACUUGGGAGCCCUGGACCCCACGGCCAGUAGGCUACAGGCGUUCCUGGGCGUCCCUGGAGAGGAUCAGGGCUGCACGUCCCGGCUGGAUGGCCACAAGGUCCUCUCUGCCCUGCAGACCAUCCAGGGCCUUCUGGUAAUCCCAGGUGGGGCUGGCGGCCAGUCCGGGCUGCUCCUCUCCACGGUGGUCGGCCUGUUCACAGCCCCUGGCCUGCGCCUGAAGCAGCCAUUUGUGCGGGGCCUGGCUCCCUUUGCCCCCGUCACCCUCGUGCGCUCUCUGGACUUGUCCACGGACCCAGAUCUUGCUGCUGAGAAGAUCAACAUGUUCAUGCAUGCUGUGACAGGGUGGAAAAUGAACAGACCUCUUUCAGGAGUCAGCCCGGAGAGCACCCUACUCUUCAACACCUAUGUCCACUUCCAAGGAACGCUGAAGGGGUUCUCCCUGAUGGAGGGGCUCCAGGACUUCUGGGUGGACAGCACCACAGCAGUGCCCGUCCCCAUGCUGUCGGGCACGGGCACUUUCCAGCACUGGAGCGAUGCCCAGAACAAUGUCUCCAUGACCCGCGUGCCCCUCGGCAGGAGCACCUCCCUGUUGCUGCUGCAGCCGCACUGCGUGGCGGACCUGCGGCGGGUGGAGGUGCUCAGCUUCCAGCACAACUUCCUGGCGUGGCUGAAGGACCUCACUCCCAGGGCCAUCCGGCUGACCAUGCCCCAGCUGACACUGCAAGGCUCCUAUGACCUGCAGGACCUGCUCGCCCAGGCCAGGCUGCCCACCCUGCUGGGCGCUGAGGCGAACCUGGGCAAAAUCAGCGAUGACCAGCUCAGAGUCGGAAAGGUGCUGAACACCGUUCUUUUGGAACUAAAAGCAGACGAGGGAGGAGAGCCCACAGUGGCCACCCAGCCACCGGACGAGCCCGAGGCCUUGGAGGUGACCCUGAACAGCCCGUUCCUGUUCGCCAUUUAUGAGCAAGACUCCACCGCCCUCCACUUCCUGGGCCGCGUGGCCAACCCGCUGAGCGCGGCAUGAGGCCCGGGCCACCACCGAGCCGAGGCUGUCACCGCGAGCGAGGGCAGCAAUGCCAGCUUGUCACCCGACUUCUGCUUUUCCUUCCAGGGAGUCAGUGUGGAGCUGGAGGGAGGCCGCUUCUCCCUGGUAAACGUGGUGCUGUAUAUAAUGAGGCAGAAGGCCUCCCGGGUCCUUAGGUCUAUCUCGGGCCAUGUUGUGGGGGGCUUGGGGGGGCCAAGAACCAGAGUUUAUUAGCACAGAUGGCUGUGCAGGAGAAAGUCUGAACAGACCAACUGGUUGGUGAAACCAACAACUGUCUUUCUUUUUAUCGAGAACAGAAAUUGGGUUUUAAAAUUAUACAGUUUCCACGGCCCUGGGUUAUGGAAUAUGAGCACACGACCCGCAUGCAGUCUCCAUGAUGCCUUUGGUUUUUGUUGGUUUCUUAGUUUUCUUUCCCAGGAUACUGUGAUCUUUGAAGAACACACGUGUCUGAAUUUGUAUUAGAAUGUUAUUACCAUGGCUGAUUAUCCCUUGUGUUAUUAAUAAACGUCUUGCAACAAUA